AUGGUCGGGUUGGUUCUCGCUGAGUUUUCCAGGAGGCAGGAGCAGCAGCAGCUGAAGAUUUCUGCGGAACUGGGAAAGCUCAGUGGGUCAGAACCGGAGCAGGAGCGGCGCAAGCAGCUGGCCCAGGACGUAGCCCGCCUGCGUGGGGAGCUGCAGCAGUUAGACCUGCAGAUAGAGACAGCCCAGCGUGAGGUCAUGGCUGACGAGAUCUCCCUGGAGGCAGCCCAGGAGCGGAUCCGUGACGCCCAGCGCCGCUCCCUGCUGCUCAAGGCCUAUGCAGCCAGUGCAGCCAAGGAGCGCCAGCAGCUGCAGGGCAGCGUAACACAGCUGAGGGGGCGGCUGGAGCAGCUGCAGGACAUCAGCAGAAAGGCCAAGGUGGAGCUGACGAUGGGAGGGAAGGUGCCUGACCUCGGAUUUGCUGGCGUGGAGCCUGAAGUGCUGCGGGACGUGCGGACGGCCUGCCAGCUGCGNGUCCACUUCUGAAGUCGCUUUCGAAGCACAAUACGUCUGGGACUCC